AUGGCAGGCCGAAGUGGACCACAGAGGCCCAAUGGAGCCACCCAGGGCAAAAUCUGUCAGUUUAAACUUGUAUUGUUGGGAGAAUCAGCUGUUGGAAAGUCCAGUUUAGUGUUACGAUUUGUUAAAGGACAGUUCCAUGAAUAUCAGGAAAGCACAAUAGGAGCUGCAUUUUUAACACAGACUGUGUGUCUAGAUGACACAACAGUGAAAUUUGAGAUCUGGGACACUGCGGGUCAGGAACGAUACCACAGUUUGGCCCCCAUGUACUACAGAGGGGCACAGGCUGCUAUCGUCGUGUACGACAUUACAAAUCAGGAUACCUUUGGUCGGGCAAAGAACUGGGUCAAAGAACUUCAAAGACAGGCCAGUCCUAACAUUGUGAUUGCUCUGGCAGGGAACAAAUCAGACUUGGCACAAAAGAGAAUGGUUGAAUAUGAGGAAGCCCAGGCAUAUGCAGAGGAGAACAGUUUAUUAUUUAUGGAAACAUCAGCUAAAACAGCCAUGAAUGUCAACGAUAUAUUUUUGGCAAUAGCUAAGAAACUGCCCAAGAAUGAAGGCGGAGGACCAACACCCUCACGACAAGGGGGCGUACAUGUAAACAGCCAACAAACACAGCAAUCAGAGGGAGGAUGCUGCAAGUAGUAACAAGACAAAUGAUUGGUGAACAGGACUUCAAGAAUGAUCCAAUCACAAACGUUUUCUUAUGUGAACAGUUUUAAAGGAUAAAGAUCAGUCAAAUGUUUUUUCCUUAGGGAUGUCCUUGGAUUUAAAAAACAGAAACAAGGUGUGGUUCACAAAACUGAAUAUUCUAUGAACUUUGUGUUGUUUCUAAUAAAGAAAAUGUAAACUUUACACAUGAAUUAGGACGUACACAAAAUCUUACUUAGAUUUCUUUUAUCAGAUUGCUUUGAACCAUUUGUACAUCUUUCCAAUUACCUAAAGUGUUGAUAAACGGAAGCAUAAUUUUUAUUUUGCAUUAGGUUUGGAUCCAUAUUUUUUUCUUAUAAAUUUUUUUCUAUCAUUUAUCAGCAAAAUCAUUGCAAUUAAUAUAAUCCAACUAUGUAUAUGAUUUCUGUACAACUGACUGAAGAAAAAAAAAUGAAGAUGAAUUUAGUCUAAAAGAACAUGUUCCAUUUUAAUUUUCCAUUUUUACUCUCUACCAACAGAAUUUAACACAAUUCAAGUAGAGAUGCUAUUCUGUAGAAACCAAGUGUAUUUCUUUGCAAGUUUUAAGUCUGUGAAUCCAGUUGUUAUAGUCUUUCAUAGUUGUCAUGUGUUGUAGUUAUGCAUGUUUGCUUUUUUUAGGUCUUACACCAUGACUUCAGCCCCUGUUCUUUUUUUCAGGCUCUGUAAUUCAUCAUAAAAAAAGGAAUUUUUUGUAAUUUAGAACAAAACUUUGAAAUUCCAGAAUGCAUUUUUAUUGGUUUUAUAAGCUGUAUAUUGGGUUGUGCGAAUGCACUUGCAUCGAAUGUACUUGUCAUAAAAAAAAACUGUGAAUUACAGAUUGCAUUAUAAAUGUUUAUAUUCAUUUUUGUAUAAUUGUUGAAUGUGUUGAAGAGUGACUGCUCUCUGGUGUUUUAUUUUAUCUCUAUAAAUAGGAUAUACACUGUAGUUUGUCCUGAGAAAAAUACUAUACAUAUCCCCCUGUAGGAAUUCCAUUUUCAGAGUUCUUUUCCAUGGAUUUUUCCUCCUAUUGAAAUUUAACCACUAAUUCCUUUAAGUCCUACAGAGAACUGUGAUUUUUUUAAUUACAAAAAAAAUUGAAGGAUUAAUAGAAUAUUUUUGUGGAUUAGAAGUUCAUCUGUGAAUAGAAACUUACUGGGGAUAUGUAUAGAGGAUUCCUAAAAUACCUGAUAUAGAAUCUGUUAUUAAAGAAAAAUUCUAUACUGCUGUUGGUAUUAUCUGUGUCAUUUUCACAAAGAUUUUGAUUGUAAAUUGUAACUAAAUAAUUUGAUGGUGUGUGUAAUUGAUUUAUGAAAGAUUUUUUCCUUUGAUACAUAUUGACAUAUUGCAGUAAAAUUUCCUGAAAAAUAUAACAGAAAGUGCAGUCUACAAAAAUGUUAUUAGUGUGAAAGUAAAAAUAGCUAAUACUGCACAUACAAAAUUUGUCCAUUUUUGUCACAUUUUAAUAGCUUGCUGGUAAUUGCCUUGCUAUCAUGAAACAUAACCAACAUAACAGUCUAUCAGUCAUUGAGGAGGUAAACGGCCUCGUUAUUACUGUGGAUCUGUCGAGGAACUCCCUUCUUAUAAAGGAGUACUGAGAGAAGUCUUUCCUGAUCGUGCAAUGUGAAUAGGUGGAAAGAGAGAGUGAACAAUUGUUGCCCUUCUGUGUAUUUAAUUUUGGUGUACAGAUUUUACAUGUAAAAACUUGAAUAUCAUUCAGUUUGCUGACAAAAUGCAUGCAUUUUCCAGCUUCACUCUUUCAAGCAGGAAUGUGCUUUCAUUGUACCUCAAAUACAAAUGUAUUAAUGUUCCAGAUUACAUUUUUCUGAUUGAGAGACAAGUUAACUCGAUGAAAACUAAAGUUAGUAGUUUUGGAACAUCUUUCAGCUUCUAUAAAAUGUAGGCUAUCUGUUUACACACUAAAUGGCAGAAGGUGUAUGGGUAGUUUCUCUGAUUUGCAGUGUACUUUGUAGGUAAACUGAAUGGGUCAUUUGUGUAUACUGUACAGCUCAGUACUAAGAUUAUUAUUAUACAGAAUGUAUAAAUUAUAUUGUACAUUUUACACGUAAUGUGACAAAUAAAGAGGCCUAGUGGCAUCUUAAUAACACAAAA